GGCGUCGUCACCCGCCUGGAGUCUUCCGGCUUCUGGGUGGCGCCACCUCCCUCGGAAGCCUGGGAGUAGGCUCUCUGGAGAACCUUCCUCUCUCCCUUCCGCACAGAACCCACCCCGUAGUUGCUGCAGACAACUCCAGCCCAACAUUCUCUCGGUCUUGUUCUCGCCCCUUUGAGAACUGCGGCCCCACUCGACCCACUUUCCUGGAUGAGCUGUUCCCUCCCAUCCCUAUAAAAUGUCCAAUAAUUUGCAGAGGGUCUUCCUGAAACCCGCAGAGGAAAGUUCAGGCAACGCCUCGCAUUGUGUUUCAGGAUGCAUGUACCAAGUAGUUCAGACGAUUGGCUCGGAUGGAAAAAAUCUUCUGCAGUUACUUCCAAUUCCUAAUUCUUCUGGAAAUCUUAUACCACUAGUUCAAUCUUCAGUCAUGUCUGAUACUUUGAAAGGGAAUACAGGAAAACCAGUUCAAGUUACUUUUCAGACUCAGAUUUCCAGUUCUUCCACAAGUGCAUCAGUUCAAUUGCCCAUUUUUCAGCCAGCCAGUUCUUCAAACUAUUUUCUUACAAGGACAGUAGAUUCAGCAGAAAGAGGUAGAGUUACUUCAGUGGGAACUGAACAAUUUGCUUCAUCAGUUUCUAAAGUUCAGAGUCAUGGUGUGAAAAUUGAUGGACUCACCAUGCAAACAUUUGCUGUUCCUCCCUCCUCAACACAAAAUGAUUCAUCUUAUAUUGUAGUCAAUACUCAGAGCCUUCCAAUGACUGUGAAGUCUCCAGUUUUGCCUUCUGGGCAUCAUUUACAGAUUCCAGCCCAUGCUGAAGUGAAAUCUGUACCAGCGUCAUCAUUGCCUCCUUUGGUUCAGCAAAAGAUACUUGCAACUGCAACCACAAGUACCUCAGGAACAGUUGAGGCCUCCCAAAUGCCAACUGUUAUUUACGUGUCUCCUGUAAAAACAGUGAAAAAUGUAGUUACCAAGAACUUUCAAAACAUUUACCCCAAACCUGUUACAGAAAUAGCAAAGCCACUGAUACUAAAUACUACACAGUUUCCAAUGAAUGUUGCUACAGAGACACAAUUUAAAGGUGAUCAGCAUUCUCAAGCUACUCCUGUGAAAUGGAUUUUUCAUGAAAAUCUACAACCUUGUACUCCAUCUGUUGUUCCUGUUAAGUCUUCAAACACUGUGGCUUCAAAGGUUUUAAAAACUUUUGUAGACAGGAAAAGCUUGGGAGAUAAUACUAUAAAUAUGCCACCAUUGAGUACCAUCGAUCCUAGUGGGACACAGUCCAAAAGUAUGCCUAUUAAAGAUAAUGCUUUAGUUAUGUUUAAUGGGAAAGUCUAUCUAUUGGCUAAAAAGGGGACAGAUGUUCUGCCAUCACCAAAUGACCAACAGAAUUCUGUUUCUCCUGAUAUUCCUCUAAGAAAAGACACAUCACAGAUAGUGAGCUCAAGCCCAGUCACAGACAUAUCCAGAGAGGUUGUAAAUAUUGUUUUGGCUAAAAGCAAAUCUUCCCAGAUGGAGACAAAAUCACUUUCAAAUACCAAGCUUGCCUCCAUGAUCAAUCUAAGUGCAGAGAAGAAUAAAAAAGUGGAGAAACCAUCUCUUUCUACCACAAAUCCACAUAAUAUGAACCAAUGCAGUAACUACUUAAAACAGAGUAAGACUUUAUUUACAAAGCCAGUCUUUCCAGAUGGAUUUAGUACAGGACAAAAUGCCCCCAGAAAAGGAAAUACCAUCCAGAGCAUAGAGGAAAUAAGUUCCUCUGUUGAUGCAACAACUGUUACUUCACAACAGUGUGUUUUCAGAGACCAAGAACCAAAGAUCCAGAAUGAGAUGGCAUCGACAUUAGAAAAAGGUAUUCAAGAAAGAAAUAACAAGAAAGAUUCUCAAGGAAGAAGUAGUAAGGCAUUAUAUCUGAAGAGUGAUGCUGAAUUUAAAAAGAUAUUUGGUCUUACUAAAGAUGUGAGAGUGUGCCUUUCUCGAAUUCCUGACCAUCUGGGCUCUGGAGAAGGUUUUGAUUCCUUUAACAGUUUGGUGAAGAGUGGAACUUACAAAGAGACAGAGUUUGUGGUAAAGAAAGAAGAAAGAAAACAGAGUUUUGAUAAGAAAAGAAAAGUAAAAACCAUUAAGAAGAUGGAUCACACAAAGAAGAGAAAAACCGAGAAUGCUUAUAACACAGUCAAUGUCAGCAGUUCCCAACUUCUUAGCAGUAUUUUACCAACUCCAGAUGUAUCUCAACAUAACAUUCUCACAAAUCGCACCAAAACUAGAGGAGAAAAGAGAUCUGAGAAAAUACACUAUACUCAUGAGAAGCAGGAGAAAGGCACGUUGAGUUCAAAUGCAGCUUUCGAACAAAGUCAUUCCUUUAAUAAAAAUUACACUGAAGAUAUUUUCCCAGUAAUGCCACCAGACUUAGAAGAAACCAUUCGAGAUGAAAAAAUAAGAAGACUUAAACAGGUGCUGAGAGAGAAAGAAGCAGCUCUUGACGAAAUGCGUAAGAAGAUGCACCAAAAAUAAUAAAAUGUCUUAUACUUAAAGACUUCGAAAUAGCUGUUUUUAAAAUAUACUUUUGUAUUAAUAAGUUAAUUACAGAUGCAUUCUGAAAGUCUGAAUAAGAAACAUGUUUUUUCAUCAGUUGAUUUUAAAAUUUUAUUUAAGGAAUACAGAAAAGGUUGAUUCAUAUAUGACUUGUGAGUAAUCUACAUGGUACCUGAAUCUUUGUCUUAGAAACAUUUUUGGAAGGAAAAAUGUUAUAUUUUUCUAUUAUUUUAACUCAGAUUCCCCAAGUUUGAAUAUUUGUUCAGGGUUUUUGUUAUUGUUUGUAUCUUUAGCUAAGUCACUUAGGUGUUACUCCAACAAUAGAUAAGUAUUGUAUACUGUUGAAAUUCUACAGUCCAAAAGAGGAAAUCAGCUCUAAACUUAGCUUUAGCACGGGUUUGUAUAUGUACUUGCUUGGUAUUUUUACCAUAAAAUGAUUAUACCUUCUACUCACCAUUGUUUGUUUUUUUUUUAAUUCCAUGAUAGAAAAUGUAUUAUAGCAGCAUUACUUAAAUAUUCAAACAUUCUCAAGAGUGAGGGACACUUGUUUUGUAACUUUACAAAGUAAUUUUCUAUAAUCCAAAAUGGGUUUUAGAAUUUAGGUCAUUUGAUGUAUUUGCUUAAAGUGAUGUGUUGUGUUAUUCCUAGGAAAAUGUAUUUUUUGUGUGUUUAUUAAUACACACUUAGAUUGAAAAAUAGAGCUGAACAAUGGUCACAUUUAGUACUUUUUAAAUUGUAAUGUAUAAUUUUUCUGUGGGGAAAUAAGCAUAUUCAUGCAUUGCUAGUGGGAAUGCAAAAGUUUAUUAAUUGCAAUAUCAUUUUUAAUUGCAAAGUAUUGGAAACAAUGUAAGUGCCCACUCAAGGAAGAGUGGUUGAAUAAACUAUGGUAUGUCACACAGUGGAAUAUUAAAAAGCUGUAAGAAAUGAAUGAGGAA